UUUGAAUUUUUUAGUGAUAAUAAAAUUCAUAAAAAAUUUUGAAAAUAUCGUGAAAAUAAUUAGAAAUUGGUAAAAUGAAUCGCGUAAAUGAUACCGCAGACAUUAAAACUCAAUCAUUCUAGUCGUCCAAUUUGUUAAAAGUGAAAACAAUGCGUAACUUGAUCCCGUUUCGUAAUUUCAUCUCUCGGUACGAAGUACCAAAAACAUUCGAAAAAUGUACCAUUUUCACGGAUCCAAGUACCGGAAAACCGACAUAUCUCUGCUUGGCAUCUGAUUUCGGCGAGUUAUAUAUCCUGGAAACAAAUUGCGAAGACUCGAUGAAAACAGCAUCAGUGGUUGAUUUGAAAGAAUCCGAUUGCAUCGAAUGGCUCGAAGAUACUCGUAUUGUAAACAUACAACAAGUUUACAAUAUCCUAUAUAUCACUCUGAAUUCAGGCGUUAUCAUUUUAUUCUCAUAUUCAACCGCCGACGACUUCAACGCCUACGAUUCCGAAGUACGUGAAGUGACAUCUGUAUCAUGGAGCGGCGACUUCGAACGAACCGUUAUGGUAACAUCAUCAUCCACGAUGUGUGUACUAAAUGUGGAAAACGAAUGCGAAAAAUUCGCCUGCGUAUCCUUACAAGACAUCGAAGACGAGACGAAAAAAUUCGUCAAUGUUGGUUGGGGUAGUUCGGAGACGCAGUUUCGAGGAUCCGAAGGUAAACUAACGAAGAAGAAAGACGACAACGCCGAUACCGCCAUCAUCAGCGAAGCUAUCGACGACCAAACUUUCGUCGUUUGGAAAAACGACAGCUCUACAUUCGCCGUUAGUUAUAAAUGUCGUCGAGAAAUGACGCGAAAAGUGAAAAUAUUCAAUCAAAAUGGUAUUCUGAUGAACGUGGUGAAAAACACUCGCGGAUUAGAAAUGGCUAUCGAUUGGUGCCCUUCGGUUAAUUUAAUUUUCAACGUUCAAAAACUUCCUAACAAAGACGUCGUGUGUUUUAUCGAAGAGAAUGGUCUACGACAUGGCGAAUUUCAACUACCGAAGGAUUUAAAAGUCACGCAAUUAGCGUGGAAUAAUCAAGGCACCGUUUUAGCCAGUUUAGCUGAAAAUGUAUCGGAAGACGCUGGUCACGUAGUGCUUUUAUGGACUACGAGUAAUUACAAAUGGUAUAUUAAACAGAAACUGGAUUUCUCAUCUCGAGUAUCUUACAUGCAGUGGGACGAUCAGGCCCAAAAUCGAUUACAUUUCAUUCUAGAUGGAGGAGUGUACAGAAUGUACGAGUGGACUUGGCAGAUAAUCGAAUCCGAUGAAUAUAUCAACCAGAAACAUCAUUCUAAAAUUAUAUGCAAUCUAAAUGGUCCCGAAGUUGGUGUUACUUCUUACGGCAGCGUAUUUCGACCUCCUAGUUUAGCCGAUCAAGUCGUCACGUUGCCGUUCUACGCAAAUUCGGUGAUCUUUGGGAGUACCGGAGGAAACACCGAGGGUCAUGUGACCGAAGCUUUGAUUUAUUCGAAUAAUAAUACUAUUCUCAAGUAUAACUUCGCUCCGGAAGAAUCGAAGCGAGAUGUUUUCGACGACGUUCAUCAUUUUACAAUACGAUCUAGUGGUAAAAAUACCCAGCCAAUGAAACCGAUCAAAUUCACCAGUCCUGGUGAAUUAUCAGCUUUCACGUGGUUACCCAAAGACAACCGUUUGUACUUCUGUUGGACCAGACCCGAAGGAUAUUACUUCUGCGAGUCAUUUCUACAUACAGAAGAGUCUCGAAACUGGGUGAUCAUCAACAAAUGCUUUAAAUUGGAUUGCAGAGCUCUGGUGAUAUCGACUGUGUCCUCAAAAAGCUCGUGUUUGAUGGUACAUUCGGAGAAUGGCAAAGUAUUGAUGUAUAAAGAUGAAAAACUACACCUGUGUCGAAAUCUAUCGCUUCCAGAACCUUGUUACCGUAUUAUACCCCUGAGCACCGGUGGCGUUGUAGCUGCGUUGAGUGAAAAUCGUAAUUUAUACGUGAACAAAGAGAUAAAAUGGCGCGACGUUGGCUCGUUCUAUUGGCGAGCUCCGUUUUUGGUGAUGGUACUUUCGAAUAGUAGAAUGGUGAUCGCAAAAUUGACCAAAAAUCAAUUCAGCGAAAUUUCCAAUCGUCGAGUCGAACCAAAAUCGUAUCUAGUGACCAUCGUCGGAGACCAAGUUUUACUAGAAAUGGCUCGUGGCAACGUCGAACUCAUUAUACCGCGUCCUUUUGUCGCGAAUAAAAUGGCCUUCGAGUUGAACAAUCAACGUUACUACCGCGUAUUUAAAUUAUUACGAAAACAACGUAUCAAUUCGAACGUUAUAAUCGAUCACGAUGCGAAUAGCUUCCUACGAAAUGCCAAAUCGAUCGUACAAACGAUAGAAGAUCCAUCGUACUUGACGCUUUUCGCGAUGGAAUUGGAAAACGCCAACGUAGUCGAACGUUUUUUCCCUUGGAAGUAUCAAGAUUCAGAUACGAGCUGCGAUAACAAAGUGAACCUAGUAUGCGAAACUUUGCUAUCGGUUCUGGAUGAAAUAAACUCGUCCAAAUUCGUAUUACCCAAGAUCGCUUUACUGGUACGUUUAGAGAAAUUAUCCGAUGCUGCCAAAUACGCUGUGGAAAAUAACGAAUUGUCUUUUCUAUUCCAAUUGGUCGAUAGUCCUGCUGUGUAUAGAGCUGUGGUCGCCUCGUACGAUUUAUCUUGCGCUUUGAAAAUCGCCGAGUUCUCAAAAAUGGACCCAGGAGAUUACCUACCGUUCAUUAAGAGUUUACAAAAGAUGAACGAUGAUUAUAAAAAAUUCUCUAUCAAUAAAUAUCUCGGAAACAAUGCACUGGCUUUGGAGAAUCUGGCUGCUUGUCAAGAAGACGAACACUUCGACGAAUGCAUCAACUUCAUAGUAAAACAUCAACUUUACCGAGAAGCUUACGAAAUUUUCGAUAAAACUUUGAAAACCGUCGACGACAGUAAGCAAAUAGCCUCGAGGUAUAUCAAAGUAACCUCGAUGUUUGCUCAACACUUGCUCGAGAAAAAAUGCUACGACGAAGCCGGCGUCAUUUACGAGAAAAUCGGUCUGAACGACCAAGCGUUAGAAUGCUACUCGAGUAGCGGUAACUGGCAUUCUGCGGUUGUUCUCAUCAACGCUAUUUGUUUAAACGAAAGAGACCCUUCAGCAGCAGCAGAUGUGUACGCUAAACUUCAUUAUACGUUAGUAUCGAAACAGCACUUCGAAGACGCCGCUUUGAUAGCGUUCAUGUUCAUGAAAGAUUCUUCGUUGGCUACCAAAUACUACCUGAAAGCUAAAAAAUACCGUAAAACUCUAGAUAUGGCUAAAGCUUCCGGAGGUGGUCAAUCUACAGCGUCGUUUUCCCUCAAACCGAAACUUCUGCAACAUGCUACCUCAAUUAUCGAUGAAUUCCAUACCCAUGCGAACGCUCUCCAGCAGCACGUAUCGAGAUUACGUCAAAUUAAAGAAAAUGAAAGUAAACGUACCAACGAAGACGACCAAUUCGACAGAUUCAGCAGUCGCGAAAGUGUCACUUCGUCGGAAAGUUCAGCCAGUACGUAUUCGACUCGAUCGUCUCGAGGUAGCGUUACCAGCAGCGCGAAACGUGCUCGAAGACGAGAAAGAAAACUAUGGAACUUAAAACCUGGUAAUCCCAGAGAGAAGCCUUCGAUAAUCAACGCCAUAAAGGAAUUCAUUAGCCAAUUUGACAGCAAUUAUAACACUCGUGUGGCCGAAUUGAUCGAGGUGUUGUUUUUAAUCGAUGAACGAGAUAUGGCCGAUCGAUUAACUGAACAUUAUAAGAGGUUCGAUGGGUUUAUUCAGAAAGUCAUUUCUGAAGUGUGGAAUCCUAAUGAGAUCAGCGAAGAAGGCGGGUUCAAGGAUUUAAUGAACAAGUGUCCUCCUACUAUUACACCAAUUUCUAUUCAAAGUAAUUUUAUUAAAUCUGAUGUACAGAGUUGAUUAAUUUUUUUUUUGUAAUGCUGUUUGUUAUUUGAACGUUGUUAAAAUGUAUCAUCGUGAUGUAUUUUUCUAAUAAAAAUUUAACUUAUUAUAA